UUCACAACGACGUCUCGUCAGAGAUCACUGUUGAUCAGAGAAGUCAAGUUUGUUAAGAGCAAGAGAAGGCGAAAACAUCGGUCACCAUGGCGAGCGUGAACGUCAAUCGCAAUGUUAGCGAUGCCUUUUAUCGCUAUAAGAUGCCGCGGAUCCAGGCAAAGGUGGAAGGCAAGGGAAAUGGUAUCAAGACAGUGAUCGUUAAUAUGGUGGAUGUGGCGAAGGCAAUCGGCCGUCCAGCUACGUAUCCAACCAAGUACUUCGGUUGCGAGUUGGGUGCGCAGACACAAUUUGAUUUCAAGAACGAGCGCUUUAUUGUCAAUGGCUCGCAUGAUGCGACAAAGCUACAAGAUCUGCUGGAUGGUUUUAUCCGAAAAUAUGUUCUUUGCCCGGCCUGCGACAAUCCGGAGACCGAACUGAUGGUUAACUCAAAGAAAGGAACGAUCUUGCAAGGUUGCAAAGCGUGCGGACAUCAUGGUUCUCUUGAAAGCAAUCACAAAUUGAAUACGUACAUCUUGAAAAAUCCGCCGAGCUUGAAUCCGGCAGUGCAAGGCAGUUCGUUGACGGAGGGUAAACGCGGCAAACGCUCAAAGCGCGCUAAUGGUGAUGCUGCAGGUACGGUCACUGCCACCACUGCCACUACCAACGGUAACGAUCGAUCCGGUUCACCAGAAAAUGACGUCAACAACUCUGGAGACGUGGUAGAACCACCACCAGAGAGAACGAUCAACGAUGACGAUAAGUGGGCGGUGGAUGUGUCCGAGGAGGCAGUUAGAGCUCGUCUCCAAGAUCUGACAGAUGGUGCGAAGGGUAUGACCAUCAGUGAUGACCUUGAUAAGAGCGAGAAAGAGCGUAUGGAUAUGUUCUACAAACUGAUCAAAUGCCGUCGCGAUGCCGGUCAGCUUGAUAAUAAUCACAAGGAGCUCGUGGCUGAGGCGGAGCGUCUCGAGAUUAAGACCAAGGCACCAUUGAUUCUUGCCGAGUUGUUAUUCGAUCAGGCAAUCGCUGCACAGGCGAAGAAGUACCGGGUGCUAUUGCUACGCUUCACUCACGAUGAUAUUAAGGCACAGAAAUAUUUGAUCAGAGGAAUCGAGCAAGUAAUCGCGCUGCAUAAGGAUGCGCUGAUGCCAAAGGUUCCUGGAAUUCUCAAAUUGUUUUACGACGCUGAUAUCCUGGAGGAGAAGGCAUUUGAUGAGUGGUCGAGUAAAGUCAGCAAGAAAUAUGUCUCAAAGGAUCUGUCGCAGGAGAUUCAUGAUCGAGCCGCACCGUUUUUAACAUGGUUGAAAGUUGCAGAGGAAGAAGAAUCAGACUCUGAGGAAGAAGAUGAUGAUGUUGAGAUCGAAUAUGAUGAUAGAGCUAAGCAGGAAUCUCUGAAAAAACAGCAGCCGCCGGCUACGCAGAAGCCUGCCGCUACCACCGUUGCUGCCACCGUGAACAAUGAUUCCGAGGAUGACUUCGAUAUCGAUGCCAUUUAAAGCAUAUGCAUACACACUGUAUACACACGUACUGUACACCCAACACAUACACAUAUAAGCGACGGAUGACAUGAAACAUUGGUCCGAGCCGUAAUAUCCGAGAUGAAUGAUCAUUUUCCUCUCGAACAGAAUCGUGCAAAUGCAAUCUCAAGUUAUACGCAAAUAGAUAUAGGAUUUUUGUUGUUUUAGGCUGAUGAGAACGACAUAAUUAAACAAUGCCGUUUACCGGAUGAAGAAAAAAAGGGGGGAGAAAAAAAGAAAUUUUAACCGUUCCUAAGAGUUUAGCGUGAUUUAUCUAUGUACAGUAUAUUCGCAAUACUUUUAAUUGUUUUAACGAUGCAAGUAUGCAUUUAUUGAAAAAUCGUUAUUUCUUUAUUUCUGAUAUUGAUUGUUGUCGAAACUUUUUAAUGGUGCGCGUAUAUCUUGAAAUGCAUCUCUUUCAGAUAAAAGAAGACAUUGAUAGAGUUCAUGAGCAUUAUACCGGGAAAUUGGCCUGCUAAAAGCAUUCUUUAUUGUAUUUACUUAUUCUAAUUAUUAUUCAAAUAAAUGGUUUAUUGCAAUGAUCA